GUCAAGUCCUCUUUGAACAAGCAAUAUCUGGAACGUUUUUGGAAUUGGGUCAAGUUCAACAAUGCCUGGGUCAAAGAAGGGACAGAGUGUCUUGGAUGCAAACAGGAAAGUAAGUCAUGGUGACUUGUCUGUUAAUUGUAACGAUGUGUCUGAUGUUAAGUAUGACAUGGUUGAUGUUACUGUUUCGCCGUUCAGGGAUAAUAGGAACAUCAAACUCCCUAAAUUUGAACCACGAUGUUUUGAUGGAAACCCGGCUGAUUAUUUACAAUUUGUAAAGGAGUUUGAGAUCAUGUUGAGUGGUUUUUUAUUAAAUGAUGAAUUGAAGUUAAUGUAUUUGAUGAGAUAUUGCACUGGAGAU